AUGAGGUCACGGAGUUCGGGCGUAGUGCAUGAGUCACCGUCUAUGCUGGGAGAUGCACCGGCGGUGUUAACUGAGCCAUCUAUCCCUGUCGCACCUAUGCACUAUCCAAAUAGAGUGCGUAGCGAGAGUGUCCGGAGCGAAAAUGAUAUUAUAAGGCAGGGCACUGUGAACAAUGAAGCGCUCGCGCAUCGAGUAACCGAUGAGGUGACGUCACGGCGCAGUGUUAUACCGGCGGCGGCGGUUGAUUUGAAUGAAGGUGGUUUGCAGAAUGAUAGUGAAGGGGAGUGGGUUCGUGUAGUGAGGCGUCGAGGAACACGUACAUCGCGUUUUAAAGGUGAGAGAGGUACAGCGAUGACAGACUCGACUUCGAGAUUGAAAGCAGCGGACACACAAAUCCCGUUAUAUAUAUAUAAUGUCUCAAAAGAAAAUACUGAACAUGAUGUAGCGGAAUAUAUACAACAAAAGACUCAGAUAAGAAUAGUGCCAGAAAAGAUAAAUAUGAAAUCUUCCUUUAAGUUCCUUUAA